UGCAGUAAUAGUCAUUUACAAUAUACGAAAAGGAGAGAGACAUUUGAAAUAUCACAGGUAGAGAGUAUAUAUGAAUUGAUGAUGGAUUACUUGACGGCAAACGAAACUGAAAGCAAUGACUCUAUUAGCAUGACAAAUGUUAGUCAUCAAGACGGCAUGCAUGCUGACAACGCCACUGAUACACACAUUGAAGAACUCGACCGGAAGUGGUACUAUGUUUUGGAAUCUAUUUUGAUUUCUAUUGGAAUUUUAGUAGGACUUGUCGGAAAUGUUGCUGUAAUCCGCGGAUCUGUUCAGGCGAAAAGAUUUGCAAAACAAAAUGUGUAUUUGUUCAUAGGCCUUUCUUUAAGUGACAAUUUGAUUUGUUUGUUACGCGGGCCUAGUCUAAUAUACAUCAUUUUCCACACGAAAAAUAGUCCGGAUGUUGUUUGUGAGUUGUGGAUGGUAUCGACAAUAUUUCUAAUUAUAGCCGUGAUGACGAAUAUGGUCGUUGCAAUUGAACGACGUAUGAUCAUGUAUAAUUUUCAGAGGUACUUAAAACUGUUCACACCUAGACGUGUUCUUAUCGGAAGCAUUGUCACGUGGGUUUCAGUCGCCGGAAGCUUCAUGGCGGUGUAUAAAGGAAUGGACUUCUAUUCAACCCUCCGUAUACACGAAAGAUCUUGUCAACUGCAAACUGAAUUACCUAUGUUUGAUGAGAUCACAGCAACAACAUUACGUAUAUCCGUUGUCGUUUUAUUUGGCCUUUUGCCAAUCUUGGUCCAGGCUGGAUCAUACGUUUCGCUGGUGAUUAAAGUCUACAAGGCUGAACUGUUAAAACUUGAUAAGCUAGAUGAAAAGGUCACGUACACUAGAAUAACUGGAAUUGCCUUCGCGCGUGUUCUUGUCACAGUCACGUGCCUAUUUCCGGUACUGAUUUGUUUCGCCAUCGGUCCAAUGUAUCCAGACGUUUAUUAUCCGAAUGUCCGAUUUCUUGAUGACUUAAUCAUCCUUCAGUCUGCAGUUUCUCCCUUUGUAUCAAUGCAUGAUUCGGACUUCCGUGAUACGUUUGUUUACCGGAAGUGGAGAUAUUGUUCACCAUUCAAACACAGGACGAACAGCAAGAAAGGAAGCAGACGAAGUAAUUGUAUUACGUCUGCUGAUAUGAAAACAUUCGGACAGAAUUGAAAGUUACCGUUAGUUCAUAUGCUUUAUGUUACUGGAAGGAAGUUGCAAAGCUAGUGCGCCAAUAUGAUCUAUCAUGGAUUUGAAGAACUACUAUGACAUGUUUAUCACGUUAAUAAUCAUUGAAAAAAGGUUUUAUUAAAUAUUGUGCUUUUGAAAAUAAAAGGAGUAAAGUAUGUUAUUGGUUUCUGACAAUCCAAAAGUUUUGACAUUAAAUAUUUUAAGCCUUACAUAUAUACUUGAGAUAAUCGAGUGAAGCCUAUU